AUGGCUUCUGCGGCCGUCUGCUCCCCUAAGCAGCAGCAGCGGCGGCAGGAGGAGGAGAAGGAUGGUGGGGUUGUUAAGAUCGGCCGGGUUGACGACGUGCAGGAGCUGCAGAGGGCGUGCGUGGACGACGUGCCGGAGCGGUACGUCCGGGACGGCGACGACCGGCCGGGGGGCGCCAACGUGUGCGCGCAUGCGGAGAUCCCCGUGAUCGACGCCGGCGAGCUCCGGCGCGGCGGCGGCGAUGGGGACGAGCUGAAGAAGCUCAGGAGAGCCUGCCAGGAGUGGGGCUUCUUCCAGGUGGUGAACCAUGGCAUCGACGGCGAGCUGCUGGACGAGAUGGAGAGGUUGUCGAGGGAGUUCUUCAUGCUGCCGCUGGAGGAGAAGGAGCGGUACCCUAUGGCGCCGGGCGGCAUCCAGGGCUACGGUCACGCCUUCGUCUUCUCCGAGGACCAGAAGCUCGACUGGUGCAACAUGCUGGCGCUCGGCGUGUCCCCGGCGUUCAUCCGGCAACCCAAGCUCUGGCCGGCCACGCCGGCCGCCUUCACCGACACCCUCGAGAGGUACUCUGCCGAGGUCAGGGCGCUCUGCCAUCGUCUCCUCGAUCACAUCGCCGAGACGCUGGGCCUCGCGCCCAGCACGUUCGCGGGCAUGUUCGGCGACGCGGUGCAGGCGGUGCGGAUGAAUUUCUACCCGCCGUGCCCUCGGCCGGACCUGGUGCUGGGGCUGAGCGCUCACUCCGACGGGAGCGCGGUCACCGUGCUCCAGCAGGACGCCGGCCGCGCGGGGCUGCAGGUGCUCCGGGACGGCGCCUGGGUGCCCGUCCACCCCGUCCCGCACGCCCUCGUCGUCAACCUCGGCGACUCGCUCGAGGUGCUCACCAACGGCAGGUACAAGAGCGUGGAGCACCGGGCGGUGACCAACGGCGAGCAGGACCGGCUGUCCAUCGUCACGUUCUACGCGCCGGCCUACGACGUCGAGCUCGGCCCGCUGCCGGAGCUCGUCGCCGACGGGGAGGCCUGCCGGUACCGGAGGUUCAAGCACGGCGAGUACAGCCGGCACUACGUCACCAGCAAGCUCGAGGGCAAGAAGACGCUGGACUUCGCCAAGAUCAACUAG